GUCACCUUCCUUUUGGCCUUUUAAAUCUCGACCCACGCAUCUGCCUUUCUUCCCUUUUCUCGCUCGUUCUCUCUCUCCUCUCCUCUUGCUGCUGUUGUUAGCACCCGUCGGUUGCCGAGAUCACGAUGGUGCCGCUCGUAAACCAAGCGUCCGUGCUCGUCGGCUUCAGGCCAUCGUGGUCUGGUCCAGCGGAGCCCGAGCAGAACCUAUCGGCCGUCUCCCCGGACGAGCGGCGGCGGCUCCGCCGCAUGAUCUCCAACCGCGAGUCCGCCCGCCGCUCCCGAGCGCGGAAGCAACGCCACCUAGAGGAACUCCGCGGCCAGGCGGGCCGACUCCGGUCCCAGAACCACGAGCUAGCGGACCGCCUCGGCGGCCUCGCUCGCCGCUGUCUCCUUCUCCGACAGGACAACGACCGCCUCCGCGCCGAGGCCUCCGCCCUGUGCCGGCGGCUCGCGGAUCUCCGCCGCGAGGUGGCCCUCUGCCAGUUUCACCGCCUGGUUGCGCCGCCUCCUCUCGGCGCCCACCACGAGCUAGCUUGGGCAUCGUUGAUUGUCUAAGCCGUACGAUGAAGCAUUUGCAUGAGGAGCCGGCAUCGAUUUCCCGGUUCUUUUUCUUCUUCAGUGGCUAGCAGAGGGCGAUGUCUUCCCUUCUCAAGGAACGAUGAGAGUUGCUUCCACUAAAUUUAAUUUACUUCAUCCUCCUCCUCCUCCUGUUCCUAGAAAUCAAAUCAUAUCGCCAUUAAGCCGAA